UCUGAGACCCUCUUCUCACCGCCGACUUCCAGAGAACAUCCUCCGCCGCCGCCUUCGGUACUCAGUUUCCCUUCGCCUGUUGCUCCGCUGCGGUGCUGCCUGUAUCUUCUUCUAGGUAGAGACCUUUUUUUACUGGAAAAUCGUGAAGCACUUCAUAUGCGAGCUGUGAUGGAUCUGGAAACGGAGAACAGAAUAGCUGCAAUGCUUCUCAGAGAAGCUGCAGAAUUGAGGCGGCAAGCUGAGAAAGAAGGCGUCCGUGCUUAUCUUGAGAAACCUACUGUUAGGGCUCGGCCGAACUCACGAUUCCUUACUGCAACUGUUCUUGGAGUACAGCAAGCAGUUCCGGUGAUUGUGAUAGUGGUUUCAGUUGUAAGCUGUAUUCUGGUGUUGAUUGUUGGUGGAGCUAUUGGGGGUUAUAUAUGGAAGCACAGAUACAUAGAGAAGAAACGAAGAGGUUCUCAGGAUGUGCAGAAAAUGGUGAAGACCCUGAAUGACAGCAGUUUGAAUUUCAAGUACUCCACUCUUGAAAAGGCCACAGGAUGUUUUGAUGAAGCCAACAAGCUUGGACAGGGAGGGUUUGGCUCAGUUUACAAGAUCUUAAUCAUGUCAAAAACUCUGCAGGGAGUUUUGGCUGAUGGAAGAGAGAUAGCUGUGAAGAGGCCGGAAGUUCGGUGGCCGGAAUUCCAGCUUCAGAUUUCCCUAAUCAGUAAUCACUCGAGCAUACUCCAAAUUGGUUCCCUCGCGGCUUCCAUUUCCACCAUUGCUACCGAGGCCGACGUGAGGCCUUCAUCCUUGCCAGCUCCGGCCAGCCUUCCAUCUCCGACAAGCCUUCCCAAAUCCUACUGCCGGCGCUGCCUCCCUCGCUCCACGACUGCAGCUCCAGCUCCAAGCCUCUGA